AUGGGGUGCGCUUUAUCCGGGACGGGGGUCGAUCCCGGUAAACCCAGUCCGGAUGUGAACGGUCCGGGUCCCCGAACGGGCACCGAUUCUGCUCCGGGUUCAGGGCUGAGUUCCCGACGCCUGUCCGAGGCGGGACCGUCUGCUUCCCGCCCGCCGUUCCCCCUGUCCGAAGAGCAGAAGGAGCUGGUGCAGGAAUCUUGGAAAGUCUUGCAUCAAGACAUCGCCCGGGUCGGCAUCAUCAUGUUCAUCAGGCUGUUUGAAACCCACCCUGAAUGCAAGGAUGUCUUCUUCCUCUUCCGUGACAUAGAGGAUCUUCAGCAGCUGAAGAUGAGCAAGGAGCUGCAAUCUCACGGACUCCGUGUAAUGUCCUUCAUUGAGAAAAGUGUGGCGAGACUAGCGCAGGAAGACAAAUUGGAACAGUUGGCUUUUGAACUUGGACGGAGUCAUUGUAGAUACAAUGCUCCACCUAAAUAUUAUGAGUAUGUUGGAGUGCAGUUCAUUGCUGUGGUGAAACCGAUCUUAAAAGAAAAAUGGACACCAGAUGUGGAAGAAGCUUGGAAGUGUUUGUUCGAUUAUCUAACAAGGAUGAUGAAGAGGGGUUACCAAGAUGCUGAACAGAGAAACGGUGUCAAUCAAGCCAGCUACACAAAGCGGCGAGUUCCGUCUGUCUCCAACUCCAGCCAGAACAUCAUCUAAAGCUCAUUGUACCUGGGCCUCAGGAGGAGAUGGAAGAGAGCCAACCAAUGCAGAUGCGCUUGUGUGGAUCAAUUUCUGUGUUGAUGGUGGCAGAGGGGUAGUUAAAAUUUGUCUUUGUGCGAAUUUAAGUGAGGCUUAAAUGGUUUGUCCCCCUUUUUUUUUGGUUUGCUUUGAAAAGCUGUACCAGCCAUUUCCCCAACAUCAGCACCCUCCACGGCACCAAUAAGAACCUGGCUGCCCAGUGUCGGACCUCUGGACAGAGGAUGAGCAGAUUUGGUCCUCAGCCUUGGUGGCAUUCACUACAUCACCAAAACAGAUUGACCAGCCGCGCCUCUUACCGCUGCUGUGGGAUAUUGGUGUGCAUCAGUUGCCUGCAGGCAACAGUGAUUCAUUGGCACUUUUGAGGGCAGGAAAGGUGUGCCUAUGCAGUCUGGAUGAAGUCCAGAUCCUCGAUCUACAAGAAUGAAAUGCUCCACAUUCCAAAUGCCCAUUUCUUUAUAUUUAAGGGGAGAUUGUGGUUGGCAAUGUGACUGGACUAGGAAUCCAGGGGCCCAGCUUAGUGGUCUGGGGACACAGGUUCAAAUCCCACCAUGGCAGCUGAUGGAAUUUAAAUUCAAUUAAUAAAAUCUGGAAUUGAAA